UCCCAAUCUGUCCGCCAGGGCGCAAUGUUUUGAGUCGCGAGAAAUCCCUGAUCCGUGCCGUGUGCGUUGAGCGUCCGGUUCCACCGAUCAUCGUCGAGUUGUAACCGUAUGUGCUGUCGCCGUCGCUCCAUUGCCGUCCCUCAUUUCCGUCGUCGGUCCCGCACGCGUUGACACGUCCCUUUCGACCGCCAUGGACGUGACCCUGCUGCUUCAGCACUCGCAAUAUGCGUUGCCCGUCGGUGUCGUGCUCCUCUGCGCUAUCCUCGUCUUCGUCUUUGGCUUCAAGAAGGCUGAGCAACCACCGUUUGCACAGCUCUCAGGGGGCUCCGACGUGGACAGGAAAUUCGCCAGCAAGAAACGCAGCAAGAUCAAAGAAAAGAGGUCUGCCAAUGGCCAAGUGGCAACUGAGAAAGCCAGCCCUGUUAAAAAGUCUGUAUCCACGAAGGUAGAUGUGAAGAAAGCUGCUCCAAAAGCAGAGGAUAUCGAAGGAAAGUUGAAGGAACAGAAGCAGGAAAAUAAUAAAGUUUCAGCAACUAAGAAGGAGAAGGAUCAGGUUACGGCAAAGGCUGGUAAGGAGAACAAGGUUGAACAGGUGAAGAAUAAGAAAAACUUGAAGAACUUGUUCCAAGAGAAACCUGUAGAUUUUGAUGAAGGGGAUUGGGAGCAGGCUUAUUCCAGAAAGGAUAAGAAAAAUAAGAAGAAAGAGGAAGAGUCCCCUUCCAAGAAGAAUAAGAAGAAUGUUAAGAAGUCUGAUUUAAUUAACGAAGCUGUGGCUAAACAAAAAGACUUAGAGAAGGCUGAAAUUAAAGACAAAGUUGCCAAAGACACAGAGAAUAAAGAGUUGAAAGAAAAAGAGACUAAAGAUAUCAUUCUUAUACCCAUCUCUAAUAAGGAAAUAAUUGAAGAAAAAGAGCAUCGCAAGGAAGAAGAGCAACUUAAGAUUGAAAAGGUAGAGAAAGAAGAAAAAAAAAGUACAAAGUCCAAGAAGGGUAAGAAGGUUUCUGAAAGCGAAAGCACGUCCACCUUGACACCAUCUACCCCAAAGGUGGAGAAUAAAAUUCAAGAACAAAGAGCACAGAAGGACGAAGAAAACGAAAAUGUUCCCGAAGAUGUUGAACAGAAAAGUUCCAAAGUGCAAGAAAAAAGUGGUGCUGUUUUUGACGAACUAGGAGAUGCCUGGACAGAAGCGAAACCACAAAAGAAGAGUAAAAAGAAAGCUCGCAAGGAUAAUUGAAGGUAAUCUGGAUGAAGGAUCAAGGAUGAAAAUUACUUUUCAUUUCUGAGAGGAGUAGCAUGGGAAUCCUGAUCAGUCGGAACAGAAUUUGUCAUUUUGGGCUCAUUGGGUGUGUCUUCAGCGACUUACCGAUCAACCGGCUGACCAAAUUGUUCCUUUCCCUUGUACAUAACGCCAAUUGGACUAGGUUGAUCCAUCAAUUAUGAUUUAUGGACGCUGCAGGUGCAUAAGUGGACGUAUGGAGAAAAAAUUUUUGUAGAUUACUAAUUUUUUCACCAUACUAAUCGUUUGCUUCGAUAAAGUCGCCUUGCAUUUAGUAAAAAAAAGGCAUAAGUCAUAGUUUUCACUAUAAAGUAAUAUACGUGUUACUCUUUUGAAAAAUCUUCGUAUAUGUCCAUAAUAAUGCAAUUAGUAUUGUAUGAUUUACAGGUGUAUUUAUAGUACAUAUUUAUGAAACCUUCACGUUAUACUUAUAUUGUUAAACGAUCGUACUUACAUCUUUUACAUUUCAUUUAAAGAAAAUAUUUUGUUAGGUCACUUUUGGUUUUCUAUCCUCACGAUUUGCAUAUUGUCCUUAUGCUAUUACAAUUACUUAAAACUAUAUAUCAUCUGAACCUUCAAAUAUUAAUUAAACCCUCUGUUCUCUUCAAUUGCAGUCCAAGUUAAUUGCAAUUAAUCAUACACAUGGAGAGAGUCGAAAGUUAAAACUUAGAAAGUGUGAAAUAUAUCCCAAAAUAAUAAAAUGCAAGACAAUCUCUACACAGGGAAAGUUUGCAUUACCGAUGUAAUUAUGUCCUUUUCGAUGUACUAACCAAGAGAAAUAUUUUCUUAUACCCGUUAGCCUGUAUUUUAAUCCGGCAUAUAGAUCUGUAAUCAUAUGCUUUGUAACGAUAAACUGUAGAUAAUAUUUUAUCAUGCGAAAUGCACCCGUAAUGAGUUUUAAGGGUUGAAAAACGUAUAUAUAUUUAUAAGAACAUGCAAAUCUGUGACAAAACUUGUGCCAAGUUGUGAAAAGAGAUAAAACAAGGUGCAGCAAAAGUCAUGAACACGCAUAAUUUAAAUUUUAUCCAAAGAAUAUAUAUAUUAAUAUAAUUUAUAUGGUAUUCGACCUUAACAUAACAAUGAACAGCCACUUGAAAUAUUUAAUUCAUAGCAUCAAAUAGUUCGAUUAAUUGUAUAUUAAGCGUCGUACUAGCUUUUGUUGAAAUUAAAUUAAACAAUUAUGGAAAGAUCUCAUGAAUGAAUAUAAUGGAUUCAUUGUUUUUUUUAAAUCUUUUCACAAUCUAAUCCAAUCGUUCACAUUUUAUGCCAUGUAUAGAUUAUAAUAAAUGGGUGUACUGAUUACUUGUUAAAAUUUGUUUCUGAAAUAAUUUUUUAAUCGAUGUAAUAACGAUUCUUAUAUAAUCGUUGUUACACGUAUAUGUACAUAAUUAUGUACAUUAUAAUUACUUACAAAAAUGUAAGCGUUAAACUCUAUAGAAGCAGCAGUGUCUUAAAAGGAGUACUAUGUUUCUAGUUUAUCUUUUAGUAUAUAAAAUUUAAAUAUUCGAAACCUGUUGGUUUCCGUUUUCGAGAAAAAAGAGGGAGUAAAAAGAAAUCAUAGUUUGAAAAAUGAUAAUAAUUGCAGAUAUGUUAAAGUUAAUUGCAGUUAAUUAUCGAAUCGAAAAUGGUUUUUUUUGUAAUUGGGUGUUUUUAGUAAUAGUUGCAGAUAUGUUUAUCAUAAAUAAAUUGUGUUGUAAAACGAAGAUAAAAAGACACGCUACAUGAUUUUCUCGAUACAAUUUAUAAACUAUUGGCAUUGACAUGUUAAUAGCUGUACAAGUACGGAUAUAAUUAGUAAAGAGAAAAAGAAAUGUGGGCUUCGGCGAAUGAAAUAUUGUGAUAAGUAUAUAUUACAUGUUCGAGGGUUACGUAAAACAUUGUAAAAUAGUACUAUUAAAUAAUACUAUCGUUUAUAGCUUUUACUUACAAAAAGAAAAUGAAAAAAUAUCCGCUUAAAAUAGCUAUUAAUAUUUUGUACUGUUAUCUUUAAUCUAUUUUCACAUCUAUUUUCUUUGAUAUGCUUCUGUUACAAAAUACGAUAUUCAGUCAAGAUUAUUCAUAAUAAUAUCUUAUAUAUUUAAGUCUGUAAUUGUCUACAGUGAAGAGGCUGCGUUCUCAUAGUUCUACCAAUUGCUUACAAUGACCAAACAUAAAAAUCGAUUACAAAAUACCAAAACUUACACAGUGUAAGCGUUGGAGAAGCGUUAUGAUCAGUGUUAGAGCGUACAGAUGAGAUUGCAAAGGAAGUUUGAACUCGGAAAAGAUUUACGUUGCAAAAUAUAUAAGAUUCUUUUGUUAUUUUCUUAUUUUUUUAGUCCUGAGCUUGCAGUUGCAAUAUUUCUCAUUAAGAAACACAUUGUACAAUGGCCUUCCUUUCCAUUGUGUAAUUCUCAUUACGCGUACUUAGUGGCAGCUAAGUCAAACUUGAACAUACUUGUUGUUCUAAAUGAUGAUACAAUGUCGUAAUUUAACACUGGUCAUAAUAGAUGUUUAUAUUGAUCGAAUAAUCGUCGAGGUACUUAAAUUAAAAGACAGAAUGGAGAAGUCGAUGAGCUUGGAAGUGGUGGGAAGCUUGUAAGCGUGUUUAUAAGAGGAUAUCAUAUUUUGAAUAAGAUUUGUAUGCACUCUAUUCAUCGUCAGUCGAGUAAUUGAACAUUGGUAUAUAAAUCACUGCUCGUUAAUAAAAUACAAUUCCUAGCUCGUUGAUAAAAUAGAUUAAUUGAACAGGAAUAAAUGAAAGCAUUGAUUUCGUAAAAUUUAAUUCUCUUUGAGACCUUUGGUGACUAGUUGACCGUUUCUGGCUACAAAAAUCAAGUUUAAUCGUACUAAUUACAAUAGAAAAGAAGUAGAUUACUGCUGUACAUAUGUAUAUUAACAAUGUUCUUUUAAUUAAACAUGUAUGUGCAAUUUUAUGGUGUACCUUAAAAGGAAAAGGAUAAUGAAUGACUAUGUCUUUAUUGAUAAGGUUUUAGAGGUAUCGUAAAUGUCCAACGAAAUUGGUAUGUUUUCGAGAACUUUUCAUUGUAAUUUUAUGAAACUAUUGUUCUCUAAUUUGGUGACUCUUCUCGCGUUUAGUUGAAGAAAAAUAAAAAUAUUUUUUGCUGAACAGAGCAGUGUGCGUGCGUGCAUGUGUAAUCUAAACGAAAACAGAAACCUUAAAACUAUAGUGGCCUAACGCUUGCAAUAUUAUUGGAAUGAUCGUGAUACUCCAGGACUUUGAUCAUAAUUAGAUGUAGCGUAAACGAUACGAGAUGCAAAUUGUCAUAGUUAUCAAUAGUGUAUUUUAUUUUCCAAAAGUGUUGUAGCUAUCGCAACGAUAUCUGUAUAAAUAUAUUUGUGUAAAACGCG